GUGUUUUGUAUUCAGAUGUCAGUAGGUAGUUAUGGUACAUUCGGUUGGUUUGACUAUAGACACUGGAUGACCAGCCAAUGAUGCACUUCAAUAGCAAUUUUUUGGAUGGUAAAUAAAUAGAUCUAAUUUGAAAUGGUAAACGACAUCGCCUUAGAGACGUGGACCAAGAAUGGAGAAUCAACAGGUCUGCUUCAACAUAGAAACGAUAAGGGCACGAAACCUAUGUAUGACUACAGAAGUCAAUAUUUGGUUAUUUUUGUAAUAUUUUCCGUUCUGAUUAUCACGUUCUUGGUAUCAGUUAUCAAUUUUUGGUCAGACGAUGACCAAAACAUUCAGUCACUUCACGCAAUCAUUAAAAGUAAAAAUCACUUCACUAUGAAAAACAAAGAGUAUUUCGACCAAUGUGCGCCAAUUGUCUCGUGUGAUUAUAGUGACAAAUACAGAACUAGCAACGGGACGUGUAACAAUCCAAACAAUCCAAUUUGGGGUUCAUCGAACACCCCAUUCAUCAGACUUGUCGACGCUCACUACAGUGAUGGGAUCUCUAAAUUACGCACAUCAUCUGAUGGGAAACCAUUGCCGAGUGCAAGAGAAAUUCAAGUGAAGCUGUUUUUAAAUAAGCAAACAAGAAUCCCAGACAAAAAUAACCAGCUACUAAUGCAAUGGGGCCAGUUCGUCGCUCACGAUGUUUCUAAUUUAGGAAUUGAUACAGAGGGUGAAGAUUGUUGUGCAUAUAAAAAUCAACCUUCGGUUUCAAGAGCAUGCGAAGCCACUAUAAAAAUACCAAUAGACGAUCCUAUAUACUCAAAGUACAACACUACGUGCAUGAGAUUUACUCGGGCAAUGACAUCAAACAAUUAUAACUGUCCCUUACAACCAUUGACAUUUAUAGACGAUGCUUCACAUUUUAUUGAUGGAUCUCAAAUUUAUGGCUCUAAUGAUUACGUUGUAUCGACACUAAGAUCAUAUACUGGGGGGACGUUAAUUUCUGUCUUUGAAAACAGCCAGGAGUUCUGUCCACAUUCGUCCUUUGAGUCUUCCGAUACCAACAAAUAUUCGUUUAGAUCCGGAGACUCGCGUGCAAACUUAAACCUCGGAAUUGCACUUUUUCACAAUAUGUUUUUGAGAUUCCACAAUUUUGUAGCGUUUAAACUAAAAAUUGGGAAUGCUUUGUGGUCUGAUGAAAAGUUAUACCAAGAAUCUCGCAGAUUUGUUGGUGCAAUUAUCCAACAUAUUACAUACACACAGUUUUUACCAAUAAUCUUAGGCAAAAAUUAUACGAAUGACGAAGUGCUUGGGGGUAGCAAUAAAUAUGAUCCUACUGUGAACCCAUCUACUUCACAAGAGUUUUCAACUGGCGCAUUCCGUGUACUCCACAAUAUUAUACCAGCUCAACAUAGAUUUAUUGAUUCAAAUUCCACUACUGUGCAAAUAGUCAAUGUUACAGACUGGAUGAACUGCCCGUAUCUCUUACAACAAGGCUCUAACUAUGACCAGCUACUUCGAGGUUUAUUAAGUACGGAAGGACGCCUGAGUCAACCAUCAUACAAUCCUUUGAUCUCAAACUUAAUGUUUCAUUCGAAUAAUUCGAUUGGCGUGGAUCUCCUAUCGUACGAUAUCCAAAGAGGACGCGAUACCGGUCUCCCUCCGUACAAUAAAAUGAGACAAUUAUGUGGAUUGUCUGUUGCUAAGUCAUUUAGCGAUUUGAUUGAUAUACCAACUGAUGACAUUUAUGAUUUAGAGACACUUUAUUCUUCUGUAGAUGACAUAGACUUCAUUGUAGGGGCUUUGUUGGAGACACCAGAGAACGAUGCUUUAGUUGGAAAUACCUCGCGAUGUAUUAUUGGUGACUUUUUCUAUAGAUCUCGAGUUGGUGAUCGAUUUUUCUACGACAAUAAAGGGCAGGCUGGUCAAUUUUCCAAAUAUCAACUUGAAGUACUCAAAUCUAUUAAUCUAGAUCACAUUAUAUGCGCUACUUCAUCUGUUGAUAACUUGCAAAAAAAUAUUUUCACUAAAGUUGACAAUGGAUGGUAUUCUUCAAUGAAGUGGAGAUGUAAUGAAAAAUAUAUGAUCGAUUUUAAACCAUGGGAAGAAGAAAAGUAUGAUUGAAGUUACGCUGAAAUCAAUCAUAAUUACAUCAUAUAAUUUGUGUCUCUUAAGUAUCUUCCAAAUCUAACCUCAACAUAGUACAACAUUUGAAAUAUGUAUUCUUAAUUUUUAUAAAGAGAACAAUGUAUAAUUAAAUUAUAAAAUGUAUACAUAAUUUAGUUUAGUAGUUUUCAUACUGUUUAUUUCUUCGUCUUAAUAUUUUAUGGUAAUAUUUUUUAUUUUCCAGUUAACAACAUUUCAGUAUCAUAUCUUUUUAACACACCACGAUAAAUACCUUUUACAAGUUUCUUUUGUAUUGUCUGUUCUAUCUUCAUUUGUUUUAUAUAAUGAUUAAUAUUUAAUGACUAUUAGUAUUUAAAAAUAGAGUAUACACU